AGGAGGAGAAGGGAGCCGGACCGGAAGGGUCGUAGCGCCCCGGCGCCCCUCACACCCACUGCAGAGGCGGCGGCGGCGGCGGGGCGGAGCGGAGCGGGGCGGGGCGGCCGGCCGAGCCCGGGGCAGCGGAGCCGCGAGCGGCCAGUGCGCAGCGCCGCCAGUCCGCCCGCCCGCCCGCCCUCCCCCUGUCGCGGCGGCUGGGAGGCGAGGAGCCCAACGAUUGUACCAGCUCUUUGGAAUAUUCUAUGAUACUACAUCAUGAGUGACAGUAAAUGUGAUAGUCAGUUUUACAGUGUGCAAGUGGCAGACUCAACUUUCACUGUCCUGAAACGUUACCAGCAGUUGAAACCAAUUGGCUCUGGAGCCCAAGGGAUUGUUUGUGCUGCUUUUGAUACAGUUCUUGGGAUAAAUGUUGCAGUCAAGAAACUAAGCCGUCCUUUUCAGAAUCAAACCCAUGCAAAGAGAGCUUAUCGUGAACUCGUCCUCUUAAAAUGUGUCAAUCAUAAAAAUAUAAUUAGUUUGUUAAAUGUGUUUACACCACAGAAGACUCUAGAAGAAUUUCAAGACGUGUAUUUGGUCAUGGAAUUAAUGGAUGCUAACUUAUGCCAGGUUAUUCAUAUGGAGUUGGACCAUGAAAGAAUGUCCUACCUUCUCUACCAGAUGCUCUGUGGUAUUAAACAUCUGCAUUCGGCUGGUAUCAUUCAUAGAGACUUGAAACCUAGCAACAUCGUAGUAAAAUCAGACUGCACGCUUAAGAUCCUUGACUUCGGCCUGGCCCGGACAGCAUGCACCAACUUCAUGAUGACGCCAUACGUGGUGACGCGCUAUUACCGGGCGCCCGAAGUCAUCCUGGGCAUGGGCUACAAAGAGAAUGUUGAUAUCUGGUCAGUGGGGUGCAUCAUGGGAGAGCUGGUGAAAGGUUGUGUGAUAUUCCAAGGCACUGAUCAUAUUGAUCAGUGGAAUAAAGUCAUUGAGCAGCUAGGAACGCCGUCUGCAGAUUUUAUGAAGAAACUUCAGCCAACCGUGAGGAAUUAUGUAGAAAACAGACCAAAGUACCCCGGAAUCAAGUUUGAAGAACUCUUCCCAGAUUGGAUAUUCCCAUCAGAAUCUGAACGAGACAAAAUAAAAACAAGUCAAGCCAGAGACUUGUUAUCGAACAUGUUAGUGAUAGACCCCGACAAGCGCAUCUCUGUGGACGAGGCUCUGCAUCACCCUUACAUCACUGUUUGGUAUGACCCUGCUGAAGCAGAAGCGCCACCACCUCAGAUUUACGAUGCCCAAUUGGAAGAAAGAGAGCAUGCAAUCGAGGAGUGGAAAGAGCUGAUUUACAAAGAAGUACUGGACUGGGAAGAAAGAAGCAAGAACGGUGUUGUGAAAGAUCAGCCUUCAGAUGCACCAGUAAGUAGCAACGCCACGCCUUCCGAGUCGUCCUCCAUCAACGACAUCUCAUCCAUGUCCACCGAGCAGACGCUGGCCUCAGACACAGACAGCAGCCUCGAUGCCUCGACGGGACCCCUGGAAGGUUGUCGAUGAUAAGUUCCGAGACGCAAAGCUUGUCAUCGGUGAAGGAACUCUCGCUUCCAUGGGCCUGAAGUGCUUGGGGGUGGUUGAUGGAACCAAAUAGAAAAAACUCCAUGUUCUGCAUGUAAGAAACACGAUGCCUUGCCCCUACUCAGUUCUAAUAGGAUUGCCUGCCUAGAUUAUAAAACGAAGCAGAUCAUGUCUGAAGGAAACAAGUACAAGCCACACUUUUACAGAUUAUGUUCAAGGUCAUUUCAGGUGAGCAAUUAGAAUAGGUGAUUUUUUUUUUUAAGUUGUACGGUUAAUAGUGGUGACAAUUUCUCAUCCUCAGUAACUGUUGGGACUUCAUGCAUGUGACCACAUGUGCUUGCUCGAACUUGCCAUCUAGCACUUUGGAAAUCAGUAUCUAAAUGCCAAAUAAUCCUCCAAGUAGUGCUGCUUCUAGAAUGAUCUCUUAAUCCUCUGAAGUAAUUUGGUGUCUGUCCAGAAAAAAUAGAUUUGUGUGUAUUAAUUGGCCACCGUCAUAUUAUCAUAUCUUCUUUUAUGGUAUGAUUUAUUCUAUCUUUUGUAUUUGAGAAGGAAUAUAAUUAAAUCUAUUUAAUAAAUAAAACAUACAACUUUUCUUAAAUUUGUCAUGUUUUGGGCUGAGAAUUAUCACUGCUAAAACCAAGACACUUCUAGGGACACUUUGUUUCCUCUAAAUUGUCUUAGUCUGGAAUGAUUGUGCAUUCAGCUUUAUUGCAUGAUAAAAUUUUAAGUUUUGUGCUGCUUAGGACAUAUAUACCUUUAAAAUCCUAUCUACCCUUACCCCUCUUUCCUGGUCUUCUGGACUUAUUAAUUUAAAAUGCCGCCUAAAACUUAACCUUCUUUAUCAGGCACUUAACACUCCACUUCGAUGACCUGAUGGCCAACAGAUUCUUGAAUCCAUUAGGCGAGGGUAGAAUUUUACGAAACGGUCCCUGAAGGCGACCGCAGUCACUUCCUAAGUGCUUGCUUUGCCCGAGACUGCUCAGGGUUCUCCCUUACUUUCCAUCCUGCAAGGUGAGAUGUACCACCUCCCCAGGCAGCGUUUCUGGUUUCCAAUCUAACAUCUUUGCAUGAUUUUCUUUCUUUGCUGAAAGAAACCACAUUAAAUGUCCCCCCGCCCCCCCCCCCCCCCCCGCCUCGGGUCUGUUUUAGGAAGCAUGGUGACUCAGAAGACCUGUGUGGUGGUGAUGGCUUAUACACCUUCCCUUCCCCCCCCCCCCCCGGGUCUGUUUUAGGAAGCACGGUGACUCGGAAGGCCCGUGUGGUGGUGGGUGUUUCCACAUUUCCUUUUCCUGAGGGAAACCCAUGAAUUUUCUGGGAAAAACUCCUCACAGGGAUAUGGAGGAAGCACCGUCAAGAGUAGUGAUUGAGUCUUUUCUGAUUUAAAAAUGCUCACCUGAAAUUGAUGCUUUCAGACUUUCUGAUGUGGAAAUCAUUGGGAGUUCACUAAGAUACUGAGUAUUGAAGUGUCACUACAGAAAUGGAGUUACAGUGGUCACAUUUUGACCACCUGUGCUCAUGAUGCUUGUCCCUUGAGCUUAUUGUGUUACAGAUUCAUACCUUGUGUUUCACUGUUGCGGAAACUAUGGACUGGGUCAACAUUCUAUAGAAUGUGUGUUCUGAGGAGGAGCUUUGAUAAGAAAGUCUAUCAUAAAUAUUACCUGAAAUAUACGAUUCUGUCUGCACCAGUUGCGUAUCUUAUUGGUUGGUCUUAUCACUGGAAACUGGAACCCUUGACGGAAAAACAUCAUCUUGAAGUAAGAGAUAGUUUUAUAUUGUGAGGUUUAGACACAUUCAAGUACAAGACGGAAAUACUAACUUGGACUGAAGCAGAAACACCUAGUACAUGGCUUAGGGUGGUUCUAGUACAUGGCUUAGGGUGGUUCUGGUGUCAGAGGCCUGACGGUAUAGUGUAGAAAGUUAUCACCACACACAUACAAACAUCUCACAACGGCCUUCUUGCUAACGUGCACUCUUCAAAAAGACUUUACUAAAUCUAUAGAAAGCAAAGCAAAGAAAGGAGAACCUUUAAAUUGCAUUGUCUGCCCUAGGCUGACGCGAACCCGGCUCGGGGAUGCCGCGGGCACAGCCAGCUCCUGCCCGCUGGGCGCCCCCGCAGACUGGCUUCCGGCUCGCUCUUUUCUCCGUGCGUGCACGGGGGCAAGGAGCUGUGCUGGUGUGGAUGGCUUUCCUGCCAAGCCCCCCUUCCACCGGGUUGCAGCGAGGGCUCCUAGGACAGGCCACACAGGGCUGCAGACAGCAGAGCCCCGCAGAAAUACCUCACCCCGCUUCCGGGUCCUCCGUCCCGAGCCGAGAUGCGCCAGGGUCCUGGUGCAGCGCAGACCGUGUCUCACCGCCCUCCGUGGAUGAAUGCUGACGUUAGACAAAGAACCAAAACGUGCUCAACUUUUUCAUCUUUUCUAUUUUAUUUUUGUAAUUUAUAUUGUACACAACCCUGGAAGUAACUAUUUUGGACACAUAUUUUUAUAAACCAGGUAAUUUAUUAUUAGCCUGGAAUUUGGACUAGGUUUAUUUUAUUUGUUGGCUUAGUUUUCAGUCAAAAAGGAAAUGACUGCCUCCCCCUCUGUCGGGUCUUGACCUCAAGAGCAGGUAGAGUCUAUGAGAGCAGGAGAACAUUGUGGAAACACGGACUGCUCAGUAUUGAUCAGUUGUGGUCGCGGAAACGGAAGUGGGGCUCUGUUUCUGUCUUUGGGACACAGAGCCCGGAGCCUCAGUGCUGAAAGGAGAAAACCCUUGGCAGGGCCCCUCGCUGACACCCCUGGGUGGGAUCCCGGUUUAAUCUAGAUUCGAUACCGUGUGAGUCAUGGUAAUGAUGUACGAGUUUGUCUGGUUGACUUCUAAUGUACUCCGCUGGUGUUUCAUACUGGUAGUGAAUACAGGUGUGACCUUUCAGACUGCAUAUCUCAAAAGUAACAUUGCCUAAUGUUUUAUAAUAAAAUAUAUUAUGUGUGUUUUGAUUGGUGAAAAUAAUAUAGAUACAUUUUAAAAGACAA